GAGACCGACUUAUUAUUUUUUGGCCCAAACGAAGACAUUUGUGAAUGAUGGGUAGUGUUUGGUUGUAGGUGGCUGACGGUAAAAAUUAGUGGGAAAAAGGUCCAAGGGUUAUCUGUUUUGACAUCUUGUGUUCUGUAGCUUCGUGUAGUGUUUGCUCUUGAGCGAAAUGCCAGAGUCCAAACAGCUAUCAGUAACGACAAUAUAUAAGUUCACAUGACAGUGUGGUAUUCAUUUUCUAUUCUUGCUUCAACUUGAUCGGGUCUAUUCCCAAGUCAGCUUGCUUAUUCAACGGCUUGGAGAUCAAGAUGGCAAACCCUGACAAGUCUCCCUCGUCUGAGCAGCAGGUCCGACUCAUGAUAUGGACUGUUCCUCGCUCCAUCUCAACUGUCCUGGCCAAAUGUCUGAGCUUCGUUGACAACUCAAAGGUUUUCUUCGAAAACUAUAUCAAUGCGUAUGUUCUUGAUCCUGUGCGACAGCUUGAGAAGUAUCGAAAUGCUGAACUUGAAGAGGCGAUGGGUGCUGCGGUGAAAGACAUAUCUGACGUGGCGGGGAUAUCGGCUGGGAUUGAUGCAUCUGAAUGCAAUUACCAAUGGGUCAAGGAGCAGCUUGAGAAAGCCCACGUCGGAAAGAAGUUCAUCUUUUGUAAAGACAUGGCCUACACCAUUACAGAUAAUAUGGAGUUCCUCCCGAAGGGUUACCGUCAUUUGUUCCUCAUCCGCCAUCCUCUCAAGGUCCUUUCAUCUUGGAAGAGACUGUACCAGAGUUUAACAAACUUGUCUCCAGAUAAAUUCAGCCUUACAGACUUUCCUACAAUAUUGUUCCCGAAAGGUUAUGGCUUCCGAGAGAUGCACGAGUUGUUCGAGUACGUGAAGAUGGAGUUUGAUCAAGAGGCGAUCAUCAUCGACGCGGAUGACCUUCUCCAAGAUCCCAAGGGUAUCCUGUCGGCGCUCUUCAAGCUCAUCGGGCUACCCUUCGAGGAGAAGAUACUACAUUGGGAAGCAGGGAAUGCAGUCACUGAGCUCUGGACCAUCCCACGGUUUUUAUUACAAGGGAACCAGCUCGGGGGUUACUACCAGAACGCGCUGGAUAGUACGUGCUUCCUGAAACCUGGGGCUUUACCCGAUCGCACAUCUGUUUCUCCCGACAUCCUCCCUUUGGUAGACGCAUCCAUGCCGUACUACGAGAAAUUGUACGCCCAGCACCUGUCAGCAUAAUGUGUUUCAAGCCUCGGUCUAAGGAUUUAUGCUGUCGUUCUUAUCUGUACAAUCGUGUAACUGUCGGCAAAGAGGCCGC